AUUGGCCAGGACGGGACACGAGCGAGACAAAAAUGCUGCGGACGAUCCGCGUCAGCGCGCGGUGCUAUCCCCUUGCGUUGGUGCGCCAAAGCUCGUCGCAAGCGCUUCUCACGCUCGGCCACGUGGCAGCGCCUCUGCGCGUCCUCGUCGUCGGCGACGGCAACUUUUCCUACGCGCGGGCGCUCACAUGUGCGACGAGCGCCACGAUCCUCGCCACGUCGUACGACACGAGGAACGCCCUCGCGGCCAUGUACCCGACCGCGCCGGCCAACAUUGCUGCCAUUGCCUCGCCCCACGCAGUGCGCCAUGGCGUCGACGCGACGGUAUUGGAGCGCUACGACGACUUGCCCGCGCCGUUCGACCGCAUCGUCUUCAACUUUCCUCACUCGUACGCGGCCGACGGCGGCCGGCACAACAAGAUCAGCCAGCACCGGCAGCUCUUGACGCAGUUUUUCAAAGUGCCACACGCGUGCUGGCCCCUCACGGGCAAAUCUGGGUCGCUCUCUACGAUCCAGCGCAAGCCUGGAGAUACGUGGCAAGUCGCGCAGUGCGCAGCGAGCGCCCGGCUGCUGCUGACGGCCGUUGAACCGUUUCCUGUCCACGACCUGCAGGCGCUUGGGUACGAAAGCGCUGGCUAUCGCCUCGGCGCCAAGGGCUUUCACACCGACGGUAGCCUCGUCCACGUCUUCUGCCGCGACGACCAAGACAACGUCCGCGCCGCGUUCUCGUUGCAGUGGACGCGGGACGUGAGCUUUUGGGCCGCGAAGAGCGACUUGUCGACGGCGGCGUAUCACGACGCGUUGCACGAGCUGCUACGGCGCGUUUGGUUUGGGGCCAUUGACGUGCGUGGCGUGCGCUGUGUCGAUGAGUACACGUGCCCAGCAACGCUACGCAAGUCGUUGUGCUUUCGCGUCGCAUUGGAGACGUACACGAAAGCCUAUAGUGACGCGGACAUGGUAGCUCUCUUGGCGACGGCGGGGCGCGCCAUGAGCGAGGCCAAUCUCGGCGAGUAUCGCGCCCCCGUCUCUGGACCAUCGCAACCGACAAGCAUGACACCAUCGUGUGCACUUUGAAA